UAUAAACAAACUAAUGUUUUGAUUUAGACUACACACACGUGUGGGAUAAUUUAUAAAAUUAUCUUAAUUUCAUGGUUAAAAUAUUUAACUGUUUAUUGAAUUUUGUAUCCGUUUCUUUUUAAAUACAAAAAUUACAACGCUUUUCAAUAACUACAAUGGCGGAUAUAAAGGAUGAUCCUCGUUUCUCACACAUAUCUUCAGAUCCCCGUUUUAGGCCCAUGCCCAAGUCAAAACGCAAAGUAAAACUUGAUUCCCGAUUUAAAACUUUAUUUACCAGUACUCAUUUUAGUCAUAGAACUGAUAUUGACAAAAGAGGACGUCCAGUGCUUGAUUUCUCUAAAAGAAAUAAGCAUGUCAUGGAAAGAUUUUAUGACUUAUCAGAUUCUGAUGAAAUUGAAAAUAAUUCUGUCGCCGAGUCGGACUCUGAGGAUGAUGAAAAAACGAUUGAUCAGAAAAAAGGAAAGAGAGAAAGAAAAAUUGUAAAAAAGACAGCUCAGCUGGAGUCAGAUGAUUUAAAAGGGAAAAGUAAAGAACCGAAAUCUCGAAAAAGAAAAGCAGCAGAUUCUCUGUCACCUUCAAAUGCAAAACAAAAGAAGCCUGAAAAAAUCUUGAAAUCAAAAUCCAAAUUAAAAAAGAAGAAAAAUGAAGAAGUCUCUUCAGAGGAAGACACAGGAAAUGAAGACAUUGAUAAAGAAGAUGAAAGUGAUAGUGUUGAUGAUGACGAUGAUGAAAGUGAUGAGGACGAGUCAGAUAUCCCAGAGUUCACUCCUGCCCAUGCCAUUGAAGAAACGGAAGUUGACCACAGGUGGAACGAGCUUCAUACCGACGCCCUGGUUGUGUCUGAAUCAACUCGCAGAAUCGCUGUCUGCAACAUGGACUGGGAUUAUGUGAAGGCUCAAGAUUUAUUUAUUUUGUUCAAAUCUUUUGUUCCUGAAGGCGGGCAGAUAAAAAGCGUCACCAUCUAUCCAUCUGAAUUCGGCAAAGAGAGAAUGGUAGAGGAGGCGAUGCUUGGACCUAAGGAGAUCCGUGAAGGUCUAAAAGUAGAUGAGGUAGAGGACAAGAAGAAUAAAAAGAAAACAAAAGACCAGCAGAAAGCUAAACAGACUGAGAAAGAAAAAGAGGCAGCGCAAACUGAGAAGCUGAGAGAGUAUCAGUUGAACCGGCUGCGCUAUUAUUAUGCUGUGGUUGAUUGCGACUCGGUUCAAACUGCUGAUGCCAUUUAUAACGAGUGCGACGGGCGGGAGUACCAGCUCAGCUGUGUCAGGCUGGACCUGCGGUACAUCCCUGAUGACAUGACAUUUGAUGACACGCCUAAAGAUCGCUUCUCUGAAGAGCAGAGCACCGUGGGGUAUCAGCCGAGUAAGUUUAACUCAACAGCUUUGUCGCAGGCCAAGGUGGAGGUCACGUGGGACGAGACCGAAUUCGAUAGGUUAAGCCGACAAAUCAGCAGUCUACAGCAGAAGGAUUUAGAGAGUAUUGUAGAGGAAAAUAAAUAUGCUGAUAUUAUAGCACCCCCGGAGAGCGACUCAGAGGACGAGGAAGAUGGAAGACCUAGUUGGUUGCGUUCUGUUUUAGAUGAUGAGGAGGGUGAUAAAGUGUACACAGAGGAGGAAAAAAUUCAGCUGUAUCGCAAGGUGUUGAUGGACAAACUUGAGGAGGAGGAACAGGAGAAGAAAGAGGAAGAGGGAGAUAUGGACAAGGAGGUUGAGUUCACUCCGGGGUUAAAGAGUUCCGUGGAGAAGAAGUUAAAGAAAAAAGAGAAACAAAAAGACAGUUCGAUUGUGAAUGAGUUUUUAGAGAAAAAGAAAGAAAAGAAAAGGAAGAAGAAGGAAGAGCGGAUGAAAAAGAAGAAAAUUGCUGGUGAUGAUGAGAAUGAGAAAGCAUUCAGUGAUGAUGAUCUGCCGGAUGAUGUAGACAUGGAGACCUUGAAGGAGUUGAUGGAUGUGGAUGCAGGCACCUCUAAGACAAGUCAGAAGAAAGACAAGAAGAGGAAGAAGAAGAAGAAAUAUUUAGAUGAGAAAGAAGGGAUGGACGAGAAAGAAAGGGCCGAGCUGGAGUUGAUAUUGAUGGACGGGGACAAUGAUCACAAGAGUCUACAAAAACCUGAGCCAGUGAAACAGGUGUCCAAGAAGAAGCAGAAGAAGUUGGCGAAAAAGAAGAAAGAUAAAGUGGACAAAGAGGAUUUUAAACUGGACGUUGAUGACCCAAGAUUCAGCGCCCUUUACAGCUCCCACUUGUUCCACAUUGACCCCACCGCGCCGCAGUUCAAAAAGACCAAAAACAUGGAGAAGCUUGUCAACGAGCAGAUUAAAAGAAAAGGUAAACUCUCUGGUGCGAAGAGUUCCACGAAUAGUGUACAAAAUGACAGUCAGCCUCAGACAGUUGACUCUAAAGCUUUGUCCAAAUCCUUGUUAGAAAGUUUGAAAAGAAAAAUGAAAAAGUGAUGACCUGUAUUAUUUACUAGUAUAACAUAAUUGACAUAUUGAGAUGACUAGCUUACAUUCACCUUUGUUAAUGUUAUUGUUGCUACUGUUGUUACUGGACUUUUGGUUGAAUUUAUGUGUGCAUAAUGGCCUGAUUCCUGGUUUAUGAUUUGUCAUUUUUUAUGUAGCUGUAACUACAGCUAAGACUCAUAUGCUGCGCCCCUCCCCCUUCAUAUUUGACCACAACUGGGUGCCACUAUCUAGGUGUUACACUUUGGUUAUGAACAUGUGGUCAUUUUAGCUCAUUUAAGAACUCUUCUGUCCUGAGUGGUGACAUUUAGCAAGAAGGCCCUUUACCCUGUGGUGUGUUAGGUCUAAUGCCACUCCUCACAGUUACAUGAUUUGGUCCAUUCACUGAGACAGCCAGGGUGGGGUGCUUGGAGGCACAUGACUAAUGUGAGAGAUUCCUAGUACCAGAUUAGUGUGGCAUUAUACUUAUAGCAUACUUAAAUGGAAAGGUAAUGGUCAUGUCAAUUAUGUUGGAUUUUAAAUGAAUAUUAUUUAUUUUAUGAGAUGUUUUAAAAAAAAUAAAUAAAUACUAUAGGC